AUGGCUAUGAUCAGCGCCACGAGUUGGAGACGAACCGUGGUGGAAACCAAUGGCGUUGCAAAUCCCUAUGUCUUCAUUUUGCUGUCCCCGCUUUUCCAAUGUUUGUUUACAUUUGGUGCUAUUGUGUUAUUUUACAUUAAAUUAUCGCAUUUUUACAAUGAGAGCGCCACAUUACUGGCGGCACUCUGCGCAGCCUACUUUUGCGCCACCGAGCUAUCCCUCCAAGUAAAUGCCGCUGCUACAACAACAGAAGCAAGCGCCAAACGCCAUGCCUCCACGACCAGCCGACCAUCGCACAAUAUAUCAAGAGCGCUUGCUCCCAAGCCAUCCACAUCGCAUGCCCCAUGGGAAUAGUCCAAAACUCCAAGCGGCUCCGCGCCACACUGCGAGAAGACGCCGAACUACAGCCUUGAAACCUCCUCAAAUGCAGAACAAGCUGACGACGAGACAGAUAGCGACAAAACCCCGAAAGGUUAGCGUUGGCGGAUGAUUCGGAUGCAAAUACGGAGGCCAAGGGUGGCAACGAGGAUGAG